GGGCGGGGCCGGCGCGCGCGGCGGUUGAAGCGGCGCGUGGAGCCGCCGUGCUCGGUACGGGCCCGGGCGGGCGGCGCCGUGCCCGCGGAGUUAUAGGUGGAGUUCCUCUUGCUUUGAGAAGCAGAAUGACUGUCUCACAGCUCUGUUUUGUGGGGAGGGCCUAGAAGGUCUGCCACUGCACUUUUCCCAAGGUGUGUAGUAAAAAUGGUGCAGAAAUACCAGUCCCCAGUUCGAGUCUACAAAUAUCCUUUUGAGCUCGUCAUGGCAGCAUAUGAGAAGCGCUUUCCUACAUGUCCAGAGAUCCCAGUUUUCCUGGGGAGUGAAAUCCUGCAUGAAUCCAGGAGUGACGACGGAGCUAUACAUAUCAUUGAACGAAGCUGCAAACUGAAUGUGGAUGCUCCUAGGCUGCUAAAGAAGAUUGCAGGGGUAGAGUAUGUUUUCUUCAUCCAGAAAAACACAGUGAACUGGAAAGAGCGAACUCUCCGCAUUGAAGCCCACAAUGAGACUUUUGCCAACCGUGUUGUCGUCCUUGAAACAUGUAGCUACUCAGUUCACCCUGAGAACGAAGAGUGGACUUGCUUUGAACAGUCUGCAUCUCUCGACAUCAAGUCAUUCUUUGGCUUUGAAAGCACAGUGGAAAAAAUUGCCAUGAAGCAGUACACUUCAAAUAUCAAGCGGGGCAAGGAAGUGAUUGAGCACUAUCUGAAGGAGUUGAUCUCCCAAGGGAUCACAUUCAUCCCCCGCUGGACACCACCUCCGGUGUGUGGCCAGAAGGAUGAGCGAACCCCCGCCGUUGGACACGGAGCUGAUGACUUACCCCUUGAGUCGGGGGCCCCUGGAACGACCAAAGAGCAAACUGGCAGCUCCUGCCCUCCAGCAGAAGCUGUCAGCCCUGAUGCUGACAAAUUGGAUGCCGAUUACAUUGAGAGAUAUCUGGGCCAGCUGACUCCAAUGCAAGAGAGUUGCUUGAUCCGUCUUCGCCAGUGGCUUCAGGAAACACACAAAGGCAAGAUCCCCAAGGAUGAACAUAUCCUUAGAUUUCUGCGGGCUCGUGACUUCAACAUUGACAAAGCUCGAGAAAUGCUCUGUCAGUCACUGUCGUGGCGAAAGCAGUACCAGGUUGAUUACAUUCUACAGUCAUGGAGGCCCCCAGCUCUCUUAGAUGAAUACUACACUGGAGGAUGGCAUUAUCAAGAUAAAGAUGGACGACCACUCUACAUCCUUCGUCUUGGUCAGAUGGACACAAAAGGUUUGGUGAAAGCUCUGGGAGAGGAGUCACUGCUGCGACAUGUUCUGUCAAUUAAUGAGGAAGGACAAAAGAGAUGUGAGGAAAAUACCAACAUCUUUGGCCGCCCCAUCACAUCCUGGACAUGUCUGGUGGACUUGGAAGGGCUAAAUAUGCGGCAUCUCUGGCGGCCUGGAGUUAAGGCCCUGCUUCGGAUAAUUGAGGUUGUAGAGGACAACUAUCCUGAAACUCUGGGGAGACUACUGAUUGUGCGAGCACCCAGGGUUUUUCCUGUGCUCUGGACUCUGGUUAGUCCCUUUAUCAAUGAGAACACAAGGCAGAAGUUCCUCAUUUACAGUGGGAAUAACUAUCAGGGUCCAGGAGGGCUGGUAGACUACGUGGACAAAGACGUGAUCCCAGACUUCCUGGGAGGAGACUGCAUGUGUACUGUCCCAGAAGGUGGACUUGUUCCCAAGUCACUUUAUCAAACAGAAGAGGAGCCAGAGAACUCGGAUCACAUCCGGUUAUGGACAGAAACGAUCUAUCAUUCUGCGAGUGUCCUCAAAGGAGCUCCACAUGAGAUAGUUGUGGAGAUUCUGGAAGGGGAAUCUGUCAUCACCUGGGACUUUGACAUCCUGAAGGGAGAUGUGGUGUUCAGCCUCUUUCACUCCAAACGAGCUCCUGAAACAAGUCAUAAAGAAGCCACAUUACCAAGUACCUCUGCUGCCGGGGACAAUAUGCAGCUAAUUGAUAAGACAUGGGUCCUUGGGGUGGAUUACAGCCGUAUGGAAUCUCCACUGGUUUGCCGGGAAGGAGAGAGCAUCCAGGGUUCUCAUGUGACUCGCUGGCCAGGCUUUUACAUUCUCCAGUGGAAAAUGCACGGCCCUCUGCCCUGUGCUGGCACUAGCCUCCCUCGGGUGGAUGAUGUUCUUGCCUCUCUGCAAGUUUCCAGUCACAAGUGCAAGCUUAUAUACUACUACGAGGUGCUUGCAUCCAAGGACUUCAGGGGAUCCAUGUCAAGCCUGGAAUCUUGCAACAGCGGCUUUUCCCAGCUGAGUGGAGCCACGACAUGUUCCAGCCAGUCCCAGAGCAGCUCCCAUCUUUCUAGAUAGCAGGGCCAAGGCUACAGCAGCAGGAAAAAUCGCUCGGGGCUUCCUGCCCCCCCCCCCCGAGCUGCUCUGUGCACCAAACCAAAGAGCCUUACAGGGGCUGAGCCUUGAGGCAGUUGUUUGUGUGACUAUAGGUAGCAGCCAUUUGGACACAGAGAGGCUUCUGGGAGCUACUUUAGACUUAAAAACUUCGAUUUCAAAUGGCAGAUUUAGAAUUUUUAUAUCAGAUGCCUACUUCUCAGUAGUCUUUUUCACAAGUUGUGUUUUUUGGACGAAUGUCAGUUUGCAUGAAUCUCUGUAUUACUGAACGUUAAAGGGCUCUUUCCAAUCAGUCCUUUUCCUACACGUGGUAGAGGAGACUGAUGUUGCCUUAUCUGUUUGAACUGUAGGACUAGAUUAUUCAUGUGUAGCAAAACUAAUCUAGUUUUCUGGGUGCCCAGGGUACCAAUUACACAUCAGAAAGUAAAGGGGGCGUUUCAGGUGCAGGGACUUGAAGCAAACUGUAAAUACCUUUAUACAGAUAGGAUGUUUCAGAAAUCAGUUCCAGGUCAAACCUAAAACCUCUUCUGAUCUGACAGGAUGCUAUUAGGAAAUGUGUUGGAUUUUUUUUAACCCUCUCAGACACAAAAGUCAAAAUGGUUUUCUAGAAAGUACAGGCAGAGAACCUGCCUCCAGUAAGCAGCAUCUUAAAGAUAGACUAUUAUUCCUUUUUCCUCAGGUUUACAAGCAAUAAUGAGUAGAUCUGACCCAUCUCAUCAAAGUGGAUGGGAAGUGAAUCAAAGUAUAAAGGGCUAAGAAAAGCAAUAUUUUAUUUCCUGAAGGCACAAAAUUUUAUGACAGUAUUAUAGAAAUUGCUUCUUUAAAACAUGAUCUAGCUAGAAGAGAAAACUUUAGAAGAAAAAAAGCAUGUAUGUAUUUAAGCACUUACUGAAACAUAUUUAUUCAAAUACUAGCUUAUUUAAAAUUAAUUUUUAACUUAUUUAUAAUUUCAGAAAUGACUAUUUAUUAAAUCCAGUCACCUUUUUUAAUGGGACAAACUUUCUUUUAGAAAGGAAUAACUGAUUGUCUUCAAUCCCAAGAAAUCUUUCUAUUUAGGUUCUAAUCUUUGGGAUCGCUGGAUGUUCUUGCAUAAAGGGCUGUAUCGCUCAUAGCAUUUGGGGUAAGGGCUGUGUGUCGUUUUUUCCUGCGAGGCAAGGUCAGAGUCCAAUGCUUUUUGGACUCCAGAGGGAUGUUUCUCAGGAGUAAGAAGUGAGGAUUGAGUUCAGGAGUUGUAAGGAGAUAGUGCGUCUUUACGACACAGCAAUGACACCAUGCUUGUCCAUAAUUUCCAUGGAUUAUUCCAGAGAGGAGAUGUGUAGCAAAGGUGCUAGUGAUCCAUUGAUCAGCUUGGGUAGCAAAGUUCUAUGUGUUAUUGUCUAGGUGGCAACAAAAUGAGGAUGGGCAUCAAAUACUCAGUUGCCCCUGGGCAGUAUUUGCAGCUGGAUGUGCAGGAUUUACGAUGCAGACAGAUGUCUGCUUUCAGCUCCAGCUGUGCUGUGUGAAAACCUCCUCUGCACCAACUGGAGGUUCCCUCUGCAUAAGAUCUGCCUACAGAAGGAUCGUGAGGGUACUGCCCCUGCAGUUGUUCAGGUUAGCCCAGCUGAGUGACUCGUGUCACAUAAUAUGGCAAAUGUGGUCUAAGAUGAAUGAGUUUCUGGUUCCCCAGCUGGGGAGCAGCACAAACAGUUCUGGGCUUGGGGUGCAGGGAAGCACAGGUGGUGGUGGAAGUUGGUUUCUUCCUUCAGCACAGCAAUCCAUGUACCCAUGGCCACGUUUCUCAGUAAAGACUUGGGGCUUCUUUUCCCUCUCACCAGGUUUUUAAGGUUGAUGGAAUCUGUGCAGCAAAGAACAACAUAUAUGUAAAGUAGUUCCUUCUGACCCUGCUUUAUUAAUUGCUGGUUUUGAAGCACCAGGCAUUGACAAAGGAGAAAAGAGCCCUAAUACUUGAACAGUGGGAGACGAAGAACUUGAUGUGUUUAAAGAAACCAAGCAACUUGCAUAAAGGAUUGGAGUCAAGGAAAUUACUCUCCCACCUUGCACCUCUUGAUGUAAGAGUGGAACAGGUAACUUAGUUACGCAGGCCCCAGGAAAGUUCUGGUUUCAGAGAAAUCAGUUGUUCUGUGGACUUUACCAUUUUUCCCAAAUGAACAAAUGUUCUGUCUCUGUCAUUUCAGCAUAGCUGGAGUCUGAUAGAGAGGGGAAAAGUACCGUAUUUGCUCCAGAGAAUCAAGAGUUUUGGAAUUAAAAGUGCAUGUGUGUAUCCCUCAUGUAAAAUCCUUUACCCAUAAUCAAUUCUGAUGCUAUUUAACAAACACAUAUAACUUUUAUAUGUUUCUUUUCCAAGUUAAGGAAAGGUGGCCUGUCCACCUAUGUCCAAAUCAGUAAUCAAUGGUUCAAUUUGGUAAUUGAUGUCUUUUUAUCAGCAUAAGUGACAUGUCAUGAUUCUAAUUCUCGUAUCCCUACAUACUAUCGAUAGAUUUUCAAUACUCCUAUUCUUUUUCCAGGGGCCUAACUCUUGAUCUUAAUCGUCACGAGACUGGUUAGUUCCACCCUACUAAUAAGGGAUAGAUAGGUAGGAAAGACUUUAUUAAAGAUAAUUCUUUACAAAAUGCAUUCACAAUUACAAUAAUAUAUUUAAGAUUUUACUACUGUUCUCGCUUGACUAGCAAAUAGAUGUACAAUGUCUACUGAUGCGAAUAGUGUUCGAUUUGAUGAACGACAUGUAACCUUAUCUUGUCGGGAACUGGAGAGUCCCAAAUCCACUAACGGUUCAUAAUUGCCUUGAUACCAUUUGCCAUGUGCACGCAAUGGGAAACCUGUAAAUUUAAUAGUAGUAGCAUUAGUUAGUUCUUGAACUUGAACUUUAAGAUGAUGAUAUUCCUUUAGUAUCUCCGUUGCUGCUUCUGCCAAUGAUGUUGAUUUACUUUCAUACCUGAUCAUAACAUCUACUAUCAAAGCUUUGUCCUCUUUGACCAAGCCUGGUUUAUAUAAUUCAUUUUGUUCAUCUUUCAGCAACGGUUCUUGAAAUACUACCCAUUCUUUCCUUUUGGCUUCCUCCACCAACAGUUCAUGUAUUUGGUUGUGCCUCUUAAUUCUAUUGUCUUGUACUACAGGACAAUAACCAGUGAUGUGCAAACAGGUUUCAAUCUCCACACAACAAUGGCAACGCAAUCUAAUUUGUGUCUCUUGUCUACCCCUUGCCAAGAAUUCUCUUGUGAGGCAGACAUUAGCCCUUAGUUGUAAAGUGGUAAUAAACUUUCUCUGGGGAAUGCCUCUGUAAUAUUUGAGCCAACUAUUGCUGAUCUUAUCCUUUUCAAAUUUGGAAAACCCGCAGCCCUGGGACAGCAGCUGAGUCCAGUUUAUAAAUUCCUGCUUACACCAGUCACAGGGUCUCGGAAAGAUGACUUGAGGAGCAGCCCUUUCCAAUUCUGAGUCUUGCUCCUCUCUGCCCAACUCUUCUGCUCUCACCAUAAUUGCAUUCACGUCCCGUAUAUGUGGAAUCUUAUCCUUGUUCCCUCCUGCUACAACACACAACCUUUCAUACUCUUUCUCUAUACCUUCUCGACUUACAAUAGCCUUAAUUAUUUCAUCAGAAGACUGAAAUCCUGUGCAGUUUUUGGGCCUGUACACUGGAAAUUAACCCCAAAAGUCUGGUGAGACAGAGACCUCCAUCCUGGAAUACAGGAUGGCAUCACAUGUACUUGUUGGUAAAUGUACCCAUCCCUUGAUGGCUGUUUUUAUCGCCAAGUCAAGCAUCUCUAGGUACGUGGAUCUUAUAUCAGCCUGGUCCUCCAAGCAGAUCAAGCAUGGAAUAGCAUAUCCUUUCAAGAUGUUGACCUUCUGCAAUGGUUUCAAAAAUGACAUUCCAAUCCAAUGUAACUAUUCUGUCACUUCAGUCAGUAGUUCUGGUUUUGAUAUUCCAAUCCAGGGGUUUUACUUGUAAGCCCAGGUAUUUCUCAAAACUACCAGGUUCAAUCACGUUGAGGGAGGUGCCUUUAAUUGUCCAUGGAGGACAGUCAUUGAUUGUAUGAAUCCUUUUGUAGGCUAGAUGUAAAAGCCAUGGCACUUCUCUCCUUCUGUCUUGAGACCUGUUAAGUCACAAAAAACCUCAACAAUUUCAAUGUUUUUCUGCAUUCCUUCCCCAGAACCACUAAGCAGUACCAGGUCAUCUGCAGAAGUCAUAGCUGUUAUAUAUGUCAAGUAGUGUUGGUACCCAUUUCCUUCCUCAUCCAAUUUACACAGCAAAGGGUCCACAGAAAAGUUAAAUAAAAUUGGAGACAUUGGAUCUUCCUGUUUUACACCAAUGUGAAUCCCAACAGGAUCCGACUGCUCAUUCUUCAUGUUGAUAUUGAUAUAUUGAUGUUGUUACACAAAUUAGCAAUCAGGGUGAUAAUAUGAUCAUCCACAGCCUUUUGUUUUAGAGCCUCAAUGAUGUGAGAAUGUCUCCAUGUCGAAAGCCUCGGCUAAAUCAACAAAGACUACUCCCAGGGGCCACUUCUCUUUUUUUUUUUUUUGUAUUCCAAAUUAAAAGCUGUAACAAUUUCAGAUUUUUCCGCACAUUCUGUUGAUCUUAUAUUUCCCUUUUGUCAUAGAUCAAUGGGACAUGCCUUGGCCAACGUUGCUGUUAUAAUCCUUGAGAACAGUCUUAAGGCAGACUAUCUGAUGGUAAUUGGCUGCCAGUUAUUGAUAAUCUUUCUGGUGCUCUGGUAAUGCUGACGUUGUUAAUAAUAUGGUCCAACAGUCCUUCACCGUGGCCGGUAUUGUACCAGAUACCAACCACAGACUGAGUAGUUCUAUUAACUGGGUAUAGUGGGGAUCAGUCCCAAUGACAUCCCUCAAACUAAGCCCAUCUGGUCCUGGUGCUGUGUUCUUGCUCAUCAAUUUUGAUGGUUUUUUAGAGAUCUCUUUUGGCAUAGUCACGGCUUCGAAUGCCGUGUUGUCUGCCUGGCCAAAGGUCCUGAAUGCACCUAGGCCCUUGAAUGUUCACAGUGAUUCCCAAUCUUGACUUGAACACCUUGUGCGCUUCGUCAAAUGGGAGACCGCACUUCAGGGAUUCAACGUCGUUCAGGAUAAUGCCGGCUACUUUCCAUCUGUCCAGGUGAAACGGCCGCUGGAACUGUAGAAAUUGCCCCCCUUCUUCAUCCGCUCCUUUGGUGGCUCCUAAGGACGGGCCUUGCGAGCCACUUGGUGUUUCUGACCUUGACUUGCUUCCAACUUGGUGGACCUCACCUACAGGCAUGAGUAGCAGUCCUCAACUGCCUCAUCAACCAACGUUAAUUCAUCUUAUUUCCCUUCGAUCAACCUUUCAAAUGGGCCAUGGAGAACAGACAGCUUUUCUGAUGUUAUCCAAUCAGACAUCCCUCUUUGAUAACGCGACCUUAGUCCCUUAUCUCUUCAGGGUCUCGUGCUCACUAGAUGUUCUCCUUCUUUUUCUAGCUGUUUCCUUCAGUCCUGAUCAUCUUCCCUUCUCUUCACUGGACUUUUAUGAAGUCCUCUUCUUUUAUCACUUAUCUGCUUAGCCGUCUUAGAUGGAAUAUGUUCCGCAAUCAGCUUAUUGAUGUUCUUCUUCUCUUCAUGCUGCUUAUCCAACCUCCAGAACAACUCUAUCUCCUCUUGGUCCAGCAGUGCUGAUGUAACCCUCCUGCAGAGCUCUCCUUAGGCGCGAGGCCAUGAGUGAAAGGGUGGGCUAAGCACUUCUGUUGUCCCAGGCUGAUUUUUGUUUCAAACACGCUCCCACAUUCCUCACCGGUCCAGCCCUCUACUAGGGCAGCUCCCGUAGCCCCUUUACAUUUUGGGACGUGGCAGGCAAUACUACGAUGUUUCUCAUUCAUUCUCCUACACCUGGCACACUGAAACAAGACCUUACUCUUUCUGUACAUUCUCUUUAGACUGACUGAACACCUAGAAAUAGAGUUUCAGCCUAACUCCCAAAGCCUCAGGGGCAAAUCCAGCCUCAUCCUCCCUGUGCUGUUUCAGGAUUUCAGCUUCUUGUGACUUGAUUUUUACAUGGUUGGUCACGUCCCUUGGUGGUAAUAUUCUUGUUUCCCGUGUUUCUCUUAGUCUACUCUGGUUAAGAAUCCCUUCUGUUGCAGUGGAUUUUUUUUUUUUUUUUUUUUUAAAUUUUAAAAUGUGGUAGGUGCUGUUCUCCCACCAUUAAAAGUUUUGGAUGUUUAAUUCCUGCCAGCGAGGCGCCUGGAACUCGGCCCCCUGGCAGGUCUGUGAAUGAGGAGGAGGAGAUGAAGGGCUGCUGCUCCCUCCGGCUGGCCCCGGGGAUGCUGCAGCCCCGGCGGUUCCUCUUGUUCCUCCGUAGUGCUGCUCCUCUGCUGCACGCCUCUCUUUGGGAAGCAGCUUCUGAUCUCUCCCUCGUCAGUUUUAAGCAAAACUGGCUGGAUAAUUCCACCUACCAAUUUACUCAGCUACCAAUUUAAAUAAUCCAAUAUAAACUUUUUUUCCCCACCUUUUUCCUGAAUGUUGACAGAACAGGAAAAAGGAGGCAACAGCUCGGAUGUCGUGGCUGAUGCUGUGCUUUAUAAACCUCACUUUGUGAUCUGCAGCGACAAGGGAAGAAGAAUUCUUCUGAAGUACUUCCCCCCCCCCCCUCCCCUAAAAUGACAUCAGCGUGCUAUAGAAAAGUCAAACACGCUGUUUUCUUCACAGCAACCUCUUUUGAGUUGAGACUGGAAGGAGUUCUGGAUUCUGGCUCCGAGAGCUACUCGUCUCUCAAAAAAUCUCCCGAGCCAGAACCUCGCAGAAUGGACUCCAGCGCCGGGGGCUGAGCUGGUGCUGCAGCAGGGCCCUCCCUGCUCCCCCACAGCUGCUCUCCAGUGAAGCCACCGCGCUCGGGCUGUGGUUGGGUAACCAGCUGGGUCUCUAAAAAACAGCUCCUUGACAAAUUGGGGCUUUCCCCUGUUUCAAAUAGUCCAUAUGCAAAACAAUACCUACCUCAGAGAGCUGUUGCCAUGUUUAAUGUGCGAUAGGAGCUCUCAAGAGAAAGGAUGCUAGGUUGUAGGUACAAAGUGUUGUGCCAUUGUUUCCAGGUAAAUAUGGCCAUAUAGGAGACCUUUAUUCUUAGCCAUUUCUAAAGGUUUGCCCCAUCCCACCAUUUAGGGGGAAAAGCAAACACGGAGCACAACACCUGGGCACGCCCUGGAGAUGGCUAGGUGGGGGCAAAGCUGGGAUGCAGCAACUGAGUCAUUUUGACUAAACGCUUUGUCUUUCCGGUCUGAAAAGGGCUUUUUUUUUUUUUUUUUAAAACUGCUGUGGCCAGAACACCUUAGCCUUGUGGAGGGAGCGAGGGAGGCUUUAGCCCAGGAAGGUCAGCAGCGCUGGCUGCUUUACCGCUUCCACGUGCCAAGGGGUGAGCUGUGAAGGGGCACCGAGGCGCUGGCAGCAGGGAGGCAGCCAGAGCACGGCCCGGGCCCGGCUGUUUCUCGGCUCCCUGCACCCGCUGCUGGGGCAAGAGCAACCCCAGAUGUCAGCACGCGAGGGGAUUCUGCGUGACCGCGCCCGCCUUUGCUGCAGCGCGACACAGCCGCCUUCGCUUCCAUCUUACGGUUGGCCGGUCUGGUUGUAUCAGUUCCCUUUCAGGAACAGGGCAAAAAAAAAAACCCCACAACUUUUAAUAAGAAUUUAUAAUCCCAAUUUGGUUUAUUCACCAGAUUUUGAAAAUGCCAUAAUCCAGUCAUUUAAAAUCUGUAACUCUUCCUGCAACUCGGUAUUCCUGGCGGAAGUGGCGAGCCUCGCCGUCCGCUCAACUCAGGUGUGAAGCUGCCGUAUGUUGACACAGGAGCUAAGGCCAGCCAUACUAGAGUCAGAGGAAUCCCUUAUUUCAAAACGCAUUUUACUAGUUCACACUUCUUUAAUAGCAGAAAUUUUUAUACUGUGAGCCAAAUAAUGCAAGAAACAUUGCUCUUGAACUCUAAGGGCUAACAUUGACAAGCGUUUGUCAGAGAUUCCUGCAUGCUAUUAGCUUUAAUAUUAUUUCAGCAAGUUUGUGAUGAGUCUUAUAUCUGAUUAUUUAUCUCUUGGAAGGCUAAAUAGGAAUUGUGUGACAUGCAAUGGCUUUUAAUGACAUCAACAGCCACCUCCAAGCUGGUUAGUUACAUACAUAAGUUAAAUGGGCAUUACUUUUUUUUUUUUUUCACAAGCAUGCACUUUCUCUCCCUUGCAGCUGUCUUUAUUUUUAUAGGUUGAAGUCCUGAUUUUUCUCAGCCAAAAAAGUCCCAAACAUUCUUUAAAAGCACAUUAGCAAAAUGCAUUAGUGCUUCGUCAUGUGUUACUCAACAACAAAUGUACUUAGUUACAGUAUUUGUAGGUUCUGAUAGGAGCUGUACAUUUUCUGUAUGUUGGAAAUAAAAAAGCAUCUCUAAA